GGUGGAGACCGAUGGACCCUUGGUCUUUCUUAUUUUCCAUCUAAUUCUUGACGUGGUAGGAGCGUAAUUCUGUAGAAAAUGAGGUUCAAAACCAAAGCUUCUGUCUCGCUCAUCAUAGUUGCUGUCUGAGAACGACCCAACGUUGGCAUCUUAUCCUUCAGUGCUUACUUCUGGUUUUUUUGUUUUUGGGCCUUUAAAGAAUAUUUCGAUUUUCUCUUACUCUUACGGUCUUACCUGCUUUGAGUCACGUUUGCUCUUCCAAGUAGCAGCAGACGACCAGUAGAGAAGAGAUGGCGAUUCAUAAACCAAAGCAGGGAUUUCUGAUAUUACUUUCAGCUUUGUUUUCUGUUUGCAACCUAUGGAUGAUCCACGCGCAGGUCUCGAUCCCUGCCAAGUUUGAUGGAUUCGUGUACAAGAACAGCCUGCCUCAUGCGGAUACUAUAAUGAUCGAAGCGUUCUUCGACCCUGUCUGCCCGGAUACUAGGGACUCUUGGCCUCCGUUGAAACGGGUUGUCGACCACUAUGGCCCUCGACUUUCACUUGUCGUUCAUCCCUUCUCGUUACCUUAUCAUGAUAAUGCUUUUGUUACUAGCCGUGCUCUUCACAUUGUGAAUAAGCUGAAUGCCUCUGCCGUUUACGACUUGUUGGAGCAGUUCUUCAAGCAUCAGGAGAAGUUUUACAAUCAGCAAACCAUUCAAAUGUCUAGAGCUUCUGUUGUGGAUCAAAUUGUGAAGUUCGUAACUAAAGUUGUUGGGGACGACUCAUUAUCUGCAGUUGCAUCUAGCUUCAAUGACAGAAGUACUGAUCUUGCAACUAGGGUUUCCUUCAAGUAUGGAUGUUCGAGAGGGGUGGCAGGGACACCUUCAUUCUUUGUGAAUGGAUUUACACUGCCCAGUGCUGGUUCGGCUCUGGACUAUAAUGGAUGGAGAAGCAUCAUUGAUCCACUGAUCAGUGCACAGCACAAGUCGGGGAAUGAAACUUCACAUUUCUUCUUAUGAAGAUGACUCAUGCAUGCCAGGCAUCUCCUCUUCUUGAUUAUACUCUUAUCUCCAUUGGGAUACCAGGAAAAGGCUUCACAUCUAAAUCCACUUGAAAUUUUGGAUAAAUCAUAAUACAUCAUAGAUGUAAACAUAAGCCUGGAAAAAUAAGAAGUAAACUGAUGGUUUAUCCUGCAUACAUACUACAGUAAAUAUACUUUUCUUGGGGGAGAGGGGGUGUUUCUUAUAAUGACUUAUACAUGGAUGUGUAUAAUGCUCAAUUUGUAUACCUGUUUCAAAAAGAUAGCUCUUCCAGCUGAGGAUCAUCAAAGAAUUGAAAGAAUCACCUAUUUACAUUUGUAA